UUGUCUACAUCAGGUGCAGAUGUGUGGAAAAGCGUUAACGGUCACACCACACAUAUGGCCCUACGGACGAUCCGCUGGACAACAGAAACGAGGGCAUUAGGUGUGCCGUGUUUGAUUGUUUGUUUGAAAAACAAAGGGCAAUGCUAGGGUUAGGGAUUAGCUUUGAAGCAUAGAGGCAAUUUCUUUACACGCUGUUAACAUGCGUACUUUUUGUUGGUCCGCUUUGAAAGCUGCUUCGCGCAAAGGGGAAUGCUGGUAGCUGUUUUAAUGCUAAAGUAGCUGCAGGAUCAUCCUUGGAUCACACUAGAGCAUAAGAAUUGUCGAGCAAUGCUUUUAGAAAGUGUUCUUGUUGUGGCCGCGGUGUCUCUGGUCGUUGUCGCGAUGAUUCGCUUCAAAAAACCACAAAAUCUACCUCCAGGACCCAAACCGCUUCCUCUACUAGGCAACCUGCUGGAUAUUGCCCCUUUCAUGCCCGAUGUGCACCUUGGAUUUAUGAAGCUCGCAAAGAAGUAUGGGGAUAUUUUUACGCUGCAUCUUCAAGGUGACACUGUGGUCGUGAUCAACACAGCGUCAAUUGCUCGAGAAGCUUUACUCAUGCGCAAGGAUGACUUCUCCGGACGACCGCAAUCCUUUGUGGGUGAUUUCUUCACACGUGGCGCAAAGGAUCUUGCGAUGGGAGACUUUUCACCAACGUUGAUCUACCAGCGCAAGUUGGUGCAUAGAGCUCUGCGACUUUACAUGCCUUAUGUUGAAGACAACCUUACCAAUGAAAUCCACGAGCUUUCCAAGCGAUUUAAGGCUGCUAAUGGAAAUCCAAUUGAUCCGAAAAAUGAUCUCUUCCUUGCUAUUCUAAACGUAAUCUGCAAGAUGGUGUUGGGACAAAGCUACUCCAUGGAUGACCCAGAAUUCUUGGAGAUCGUCAAGUUCAACAAAGUUGGCUUUCGUCUUAUGAAACCUGUCUCCAUCUACAACACAUUUCCAUGGUUACUGUCUAUUCCCACGCAGACGUCRCGUGAUUUUUACUGGGUACGAGAGAAGCAAGCAGCCAUAUUGGACACAAAGUUCCUGCAACAUAAGAAAACAUACAACAGCGAGGUCAUACGGGACUUUGCAGACGCUCUUCUCAAAGCACAAGAAGACAUCCAAGGGGAAGAUGACAUUUUCUUCACCGACGACCAUUUAAUUAUGACAAUCAACGACGUGUUUUCUGCUGGGUCUGAAACUGUUAUCACUACCAUUCGMUGGCUUAUAGCAUGCCUGGUCAACUUCCCAGAUGUCCAAACCAAAGUACAAGCAGAAAUUGACAGGGUAGUUGGUCGGGAAAGGUUGCCUGGGCUUCAUGAUAGAGAAAAACUGCACUACCUUCAAGCUGUCAUCACUGAAACUCACCGAUUCUGCACUGUCACGCACUUGAGCUUACCUCACAAAGCGACAUGUGAUUCGUCGCUGAAUGGAUAUUUUAUCCCAGAGGGAACUGUCACCAUCUUCAAYGUAUAUGCGAUUCACCAUGAUGAGAGAGAGUGGGACAGACCUUCCGAAUUCAAUCCAAAUCGAUUCCUUGAUAGCGAAGGCAAGAUCAUUGAUGUCGCAGGUGUAAAGAGUUAUCUUCCUUUCAGCGCUGGUAGAAGAGUCUGUAGCGGAGAAGUGCUUGCAAAGAAAGAAAUUUUUCUUGUUGCUUCGAGGCUUCUUCACGAGUUUACGUUCACAAAUCCAGUUGGGUCACCACUGCCUGACUUAGUAGGUGAGGUUGGCAUGAAUCACUUUCCAAAACCAUUUCAAGUGCGAGUCGUUGAACGAUAUUAGAAGUCAGUGAAUAAUUAUUUAUAUAAAGUGAUAACCCUUAUUCAUUAUGACGAAAGCAAAUCAUGUUAGCUGACAGAAAUGAACUUAAAUGUUCAAAACGAUAAAAAUCUCCCAAAAGUGCCUAAAAUUUGGGGAAAAAAUAUUUAUCUAAAAAUGCAGAUAUAUAAUUAAGAAAGUCAAACGACUUGAUUUUUUUUGAAAUUUUUUUUCGCAGCAAAAUGCUUAGUCGUCAUAGUGAGCAAGGAAACGUCAUACGUGUUUUUCUAGAUUCAGAUCUUGCCGCAAAUUUUAAUAACUAAUGACUUUAAGAUAUGUAUGGCAUAUAGAGUGCGUAGGCAACCUCAAGCUCAAAGCUGCAUUUAUUCAUAUGUGGAUUUAUUAAUUAAAUUGAGGGUGAACAAACUUCCUGAUUUAAACUAACAUAGGUUAAAGUUGUAGAGGCCUAAAAAGCUGCUUUAGGUGGAGAGCUAAACGCCAUUAAGAAUAUAAGAAUGCAGACUUAAAAACAUACAAAUUGUAUUGUUUGUACUGGCUUUGGCUUUGGCUUUAAAAGUUCUUGUGCUUGGAUCACACAAUAGGUAUACUUUAUUUAAAAAAGAAAACAGCCACCAAUUAAACUAGUUUACCUAUCAAACUGCUACAACAAAGACAUCACCAAGUCGAUCCGCCAUCUUUGAUUUUUGCUUGAAAACUUGACGGGCUGUUUUAGAUAUUUUAGGUAUAAAAUAUUUAUYGAUUAUCGCAUCCAAAAAGUUAUUUACAUAGCUUAUUUAUAGUUCUUUAUUAAUAAUAAAGCAUAGCACAAAUAUAUUUAAGUAUAUUUAACAGCUUGUAGGUUAGAGAGGGACAAAACUGUAGCGCAAAAUAGACCUUCUUGUAUCAGGAUAUURUAUCAGGUUUUUCUGGAUGUUAGGCAAAUAAAACAUUACUUUUUACAUAAAUCACCAUGACAGCUAAAACCACGUGAUUUAGAAGUUCGUAGAGAUGCGCGCCUUUUAUCAAACCAGCCAGCGGUAUCUAAAAACAGCACACUGACGCCAUUUUGUAGAACAAUGCAUGUUGGGAAACUACGGCGUUGUGCUUUAAAAACUCCAGAUUUAAAAACAAUUCAGACUUUUUGGGAUUAAUUUAUCAGACAUAAAAUAAUUCCCACAAUGCAUUAAACUAGAACAAAUCACCGCUGGCCGUGUUCUUAAGACUUWACUGUAGACAGCACUAAAUAUAGAAAAGCGCGCUUAGAUCAAUAAUUAUUCGUAUUGUAAAWGGUUCCACRAUAUAAGCCAUCRGUUUAGUGAAGUSAAUUUCGACAGCAAAGCAUGAUGGGAAUACGACAAUWAGCUUUGUUUUAUUACGAAACGACAAUAGAAUGAAAUAAAAUUGAAUACUUAAAGGKACACUGUCAAUGGAUGACAUGCGCAGUAACAGUCUCACCUCUAACGGACUUUGAAAGUAUUACCUUCGAGGUAAAUCAUU